CAUCUCUCCACGUUUGUUAUGGACAAGGCAGAAUCUAUCGUCACUGUAGACGACGCUAUCAAGAAACUGAUUCUUCUGGACUCAAAGGAUAAAAUCUGGACACAGGAGAUGCUACUGCAGGUUACAGACAAGGCGGUUAGACUUCUUGAUUGUGACACCCAGGAAGAACUGGAGAACUUCCCCCUCUCCACAAUCCACGUUUGUAUGACGGUGCUGAAUCAGACACGCUACUCGUCUGUGCUGCUGCUCCUGUGUCAGGACAGGGACCAAUACAGACCAGACAUCCAUUUCUUCCACUGUGACGAGGUGGAGGCUGAAAUGGUUCACGCAGACAUAGACAGUGCUCUUGGAGACAACAAACAUGGAAGAAAAAUGAGACUUCAUACCCUUAAAGUAAACCAGGAAAAAAUGAAGCAUCAGAGAGAAACCAUCCUCCCUCCCACGAGCCCCAGGGGCCCGCCGCCUGUUGCCAAUCGACGAGUGGCAGCCGCGGCAAAUCCUCCGGAUCCUCGACUUGCUGGACCUUAUGAUGCUGAGUCGCAUGAAAAGCUGGCCCAGCGCAUCGAGAAGGACGUGCAAAUCCUCAACUGUGCCCUGGACGACAUAGAGAUCUUUGUAUCGCGGCUGCAGAAGGCAGCAGAGGCGUUUUCCCAGCUCAACCAACGCAACAAGAGUAAGAAGAACAAGAAGAAAGGACCAGCAGAGGGCAUGCUGACCCUGCGGGCCAAGCCCCCCACUGAAGCAGAGUUCAUUGACAGCCUGCAGAAACUGAAGCUGGCCCUCAACCUCUUGGCCAAACUGAAGAAACACUUACAGAACCCAAGUGCUCCUGAGCUGGUUCAUUUCCUAUUUGGGCCUCUGGAGCUGGUCCUGCAGAGCUGUGGGAGUCCUGACUUGGUACGUUCAGUCAUCUCUCCUCACCUUUCAAAGGACGCUGUUGACUUCCUACGAGGACACCUCAGCCCCAAAGAGAUGACUUUGUUUGAGCUGCUUGGUGACGGGUGGACCAAACCCAGGGCAGAGUGGCCUAGAGAUCAGUGCGCUCCUCCUUAUUGCCCCAAGUUUCGAAACGGAUGGGAGCCGUCUCCGGAGCUGUUCCUGACAGCUCCAUGGGAAACCGAGGGACCGUCUCGACCACUUGGGACUCCCACAAGCCCCGACUACAGAAAACUCUCGACAGAGGAUUAUUACGGCAAUCACUCCUCAGCAAAUGGGAUGUCCAGCAACCGCAAAUAUGCCAAAAUCCGUUACCACUUUGUGGCGCGGAAUCCCAACGAGCUGUCGGUUCUGCAGGAUGAAAUCCUUGAGGUGUUGGAGGAUAACAAACAGUGGUGGAAACUACGGAAUCGCAGCGGCCAGUCCGGCUACGUCCCGUUUAACAUCCUCGAUGUUGUCAGGAUAGAUGAGCCAGAAGACCCUUUCAGCCAGAACGACUACAUGACUUCACCCAUUGGAUCCCUGCACAAGAGCGACAGCUUCAACAAGGGCGUGCACAAAGACAAAAAGAUGGACGAGGUUAACAGUGAGCUGCUGAUGGCGAUCACUGCAAACAAAAAGCCAGUGGCCAAUAAGAUCCGAAUAGAGCGCCCGGCUGGCCCUCGGGUGCCAUUGACCUUUGACUCGAAUCAAGAGCAGGUGACAGCGUGGCUCAAUGCAAAAUCGUUCUCAAAACCGACCGUUGAAUGUUUGGGGAUCCUGACCGGAGCUCAGCUGUUUUCCCUGAACAAAGAAGAGCUGAAGGCUGUGUGUGGGGAAGAAGGCGGCCGUGUCUUCAACCAGGUCUCUUUGCAGAAAGGACAACUAGAGAGGUCCCAGGGUGACUCCGAACUGCAGGAAAUCAUGAGGAAGAGGCAGGAAAAGAUUGACUCCACAAGCAGCGCCGACUGAACAUGUGGAGCAAAAUGACCCCCCCCCCCCUGCAACUUUCAAAGUGCAUCAGCUUGCUAAAUCCAUGAACUUUUUCUUACAAUCCUCAGUUAGAAAAAUUAAUACAUUCCUUUUAAUUGCAUAUUUAUUUUGUAAAAUGUCAGAUGUUUGUUAUUCAAGUGUUUUAUUUUUUUUUUUCAAAUUAUGUUGCAUUAUUUUCAAUUGAUGAAAUUAUUGAAGACAUUACCUGCUGAGAAGAGGAACCUGUGUACAGUCUGGUGUCUUUGCAUGACAUGCAUGUAACGUACAUGUGUACAAGCAGGGUGGGGUCAGUGUUUGUUCUUAAUAAUACAGUUGUUUACAAAAUUUGUCUGUACAAAACAUCAAAGCUUUGUCGUUGCUCUUUAAAAUCAGUGCCAGGAUGUUUGUCAUAUUUUCUAUUGCAUAGCCAAUAAUUGUCAUAUUAAUGCUAACAGGAAAAAUAGGAAAAAUAAAGCAUACUUUGUGUUGUUCAUGGCAUGUCGAUCAGCAGCAAGUACAUAUUAGAUUAAAUAUUCUUGCUUUUCUUGAUCCAGUUUGACAUUUUGCCGAUUCUUCUGCAUGCACGAGGCCUCUCUCAAUAAUAGUGGAAUUUUUAAUGUGGCGCCCUCUGAAUUUAUAUGACGCAUCCAAAAUGGGUAAAAACCUUUAUAAUAAACGGAUCUUUUAUUAGCAGCAUAUCCUGACAGUGUCCCGCAGCUCUCUAACAAUGACACAUUGUCCAUGUAGCCGCGCACAAAGGCUAAGUCAAAGCAUUAGUGCACGGUAUUACAUUGUACACAUUGUAUUUCAUGGCCUUUUUAUUUUGUCAUUUAUCUCUAGUUGUGCAUGUCCAUAUUUGAUUACUUGUUGCAAAACCAGUUGCCCGUUGGGGGUCAAUAAGGGUUGAAUUAAUUAGCACUCUGACUACAGAUAUGGGGAUGUGUAAGCAAGGAGCUGUUUUCUUGUUGCCAUAUUGGGACUUAUUAAAAGCAAAACACA